UAAACCUACGUAACUAUGUCUAACUGUAAUUUUCAAGCUCCGGUUUACGACAGAUAUGGGGAACACAACCUCAAAACAGGGCGAUUACCAAGUACUCGUGAAAACUUCAGAGAGGAAAGGGGCAGGCAGCAAAGCCAGAGUUCACAUUGCGUUGAUUAACCGAGAUGGAAAGCGGUCCAAGGAUUAUAAAAUCGACACUGGAUUUCGUGAGGAAUUAGAAAAGGGGGGCCAGAACAUUUUCCCGAUAAAUUUGAAAGACUUUGGAGAAAUAGCGAAAGUCGAACUAUGGCGAGAUCGUCGUUUAGGCAAAAACGAUUGGUGCGUUGAGUGGAUUAUGAUUCGAGACAAUGUAAGGGAGGACAUAUACGAAUUCCCAAUUAACAGGUGGAUUACUGCAGGUGGUAUGAGAAAAAGGUGGUCAAGAUACGAUUCCAUUCUCCCUCAAAAUGAUCCCGAUCAUAUUCAAAGAAAGAAAGAACUUGAAAUGAAGAGGUUGCAAUAUUUAUUUCAUCAAAAAUUUCCUGGUUUACCAGCACAGGUGAAAGAUGUACCUUGCGACGAGACAUUCACAACCGAUUACAUGAAAUUCAUUUUGUCAACAAAGAUGAGGAUGAAAAUACAUACAGAACUUAUCAUGUUAACGACCAAACCGUUCAAAACAUUAAAAGACAUUGAAGAUGUUUACAGAUAUAGUUUCGAACUGCCAGAGGCUGUGCAUGGAUGGGAUAACGAUCGCUAUUUCGGAAAUCAAGCAAUGAACGGCUGCAACCCCAACGUUAUUCAACUGUGUACAGAAAUACCGAACAACUUCGGCGUGACAUCACAAAUGGUGGAACCGUUUCUGGAGGGAAAGACAUUAGACGAAUGCUUACAAAACAAUCGGAUUUUCAUAGUGGAUCACAAGUUCUUAGAAGGAAUACCAAACAUUACAGUUCCUAUGGCGCUCUACUACUCAAACGACAAUAACGACUUGCUUCCGAUCGCCAUUCAACUGUAUCAACAAGCAGCUUCUGAUAAUCCGGUGUUUCUACCAAGCGAUCCCAAGUACACGUGGAUGAUGGCAAAACUGUGGUUCAACCUCGCUGAUGCAUCCCACCACGAGGCGUGCUCGCAUCUUGCGCUCACUCACUUCAUUUUAGAGACCAUCUCAGUAGCCGUAAAUCGCAAUCUUUCGCCGUCCCAUCCGCUUUUCCGUCUAGUUGCUCCACAUCUUCACUUCGUUAUGGCUAUAAAUAGUCGAGGAUUGGGUAGACUUUUAGCGAAAGGUGGCGUUUUCGAUACCCUUUUUUCAAUGCGCCUUGACGGCACACAUGCGGUAAUAGCAAAAGCUUUCGAAGUGUGGUCAUUUACAGAGGACGGAAUUUUUCCUGAAAAUCUAAAGAAGAGGAAAUUGUACGACGCUUCGAUUCUACCAAAUUACUACAACCGCGAAGACGGCAUUCCCAUAUGGGAGGCUAUCAAGACGUACGUGGCCACCAUCGUCAAACACUACUAUCCGUCAAACAAUGACAUUGUUUUUGAUUUUGAACUCCAAGGAUUCCGCGCUACGCUGGUGAAAACAAUCGAAGAUGGGGGAUGUGGGUUUAAGGAUGUACCAGGUACAGACGGUAGAAUUCUCACAAAAGAACAGGUCAUUGAUAUCUUUACUACGAUCAUCUUCACAGCCAGUGGUGGGCACGCAUCCACCAACUUUGGUCAGUACGACCAAUACGGCUUCCCGCCAAAUUAUUCACCAAUAUUAAGGGGAUCGCCGCCAACUUCAAAGCUUUAG